CAGGUUGAGACUUUAACUCUUCUAACUGUUUUGAUCAUCUUCCAAAAAAUGAAAAAGGCUCGCGAUAAAGUUGAAAGUGAGAGUGGAACAGCAGGUCCCUCCCAGCAUGAACAGUGUUCAUCAGGACGCAGUCAUAGCUCCAGCUCAGGAUCUGCCCCUGGCUUUUUGGAAGAGACUCACCUUUCUUCUUUUCAGGAGUGUAUACUGAGUUUCUCUGAAGAGGAGUGGGAGGAUUUCAGCAGCCUGCUGAACACUCCUAUGACAAGGACUCAGUUCUCCGAACUCUGCAUGGCCAUCUUGAAGGUAGUGAGUCUUAGCUCCAUGACAGUGAUUGUACCUGCGUACGUCUUCAUGGCGAAGGAUGCUGGAACUCCAGUCAGCAGAACCUCAACAUCCACAACCUUUUCCCUCACCUCAAUUGAAAGGUCACUGGCUGGGUCAGUGGACACCGAUGGGGAGUUCCUGGAUAAGAGCAGUACAAUCAGAAGUGGCUCUGCUGCAUUACCUGAAAUGACAAGUGGCCCUUUGAGAGAAAUUAUGUACAGGAUGAAAGCUGCCCUGGCUACCUUGAGGAGAACUCAUUCCUCUGAGGUCUCUGAGACAGCUGUUCUACGCUCUGUGUCCAAACUCUCCACUCACACUGGUGAGCACAUUGUAUCCAACGUCUCUGAAGCCAUGAGAGAUGCGCAACAUGGAAAUACAUUCCACGACUCGACUUGCAUCAACACAAUCCUGGAAAGGCUCGUAUCCAGUGGGAAUAUCCACAAGAUCGCCAAGAACCUUGUCAGUCACCUUCAGGAUGUUCUUCAGAAUGAGAACGUCAGCCAGACAUCCAUUCCUGUGGCUGCUAGUGGAAGCACAUCAGAUUCUGAGACUUUGCCAAAAGGAACUCCAAAGCGGACUUUAAGUGCCUCUCACGUGAUUUACUUCUACGCAGAAGAAGCCAUCAAGGAUUUGCUUCAACCGUAUUUUCUUCCUGGUAUGGUACAGGACGCCAGUGAGGAUGCUGCCUCGGCCAGAGUUCCCCUUCUCAGGAUUCAAAGCUUCCAAUCUUCUGAUGCAGGAAGAAGUAUCCCCCAUGUGCCCUCUGAAGCUGAGUACAAAUUUAGUGAUGUGGCCAAUCUGUUCACUCGAGUGAUGACCUUCCAGGUCAUGGAUAUAGUUGAUUCCGAGCUGGAGAAACGUCAAAAGUCAUCUUCUUCCCGGUUGUCUGAUAGAUCCAGGAUGCUGUCAUCAGCUGGUAGAGACGUAGAUGACACAGCUAUGGAACGUUCCUCCACUCGACACCCUCUGCUUCAUACCAGCCAGGAUCACAAUGGUGGUCGGUUCUCUGGAUUCAUCGAGAGGUUUCUUUCAGAAUUGAGGGUGUCUGACUCUGCUCAGUCUGAUGCAGUGGAUGACGUCAGAGCUACCACAUCCUCUACCAGGAGCCAAAGCACCAAAUCUGCCACUGCAGGCCAUGAGCCAGACAUGGCACUGAACUACGCAUCCCAGAAACUUGGGGACCCACUAGAUCUGUUCACCAGGGUUAUAGUUCACCAGGUCAUGGAUAUCCUCCACGUGGAACUGGCCAGGCACCAAACUGAAGUUGGCCCCAUUGUGCAGCAGCAGAUGAGUUUAGGACGUACAUCCACCGGGACCUCUGUGCCAGACAGCAGUGACUGUGGCUGUUUUGUCACAGUUCUGAUGCUCAGACUGCUGGCCAAAAUCCUGGAUCAACAAACUGCCUCUGCCGAUAUGACGGAUUCCUCCCGAGAGUUGAUUCAGAAAGUCCUCUCUGAGUUCAGCAGUGCCUCAGGAACGCCGAACUUCCUGACAUAUGAAAGCAACACCAAGAUCCAGACUUUGUACAGAAGCAUGGACAAGUUCCUUCUGAAGGAGUUUGGACCUGAGGCCAUCCUGCAGAGAGCUGUGGAGACACAGAAUGUCUCCUUUGAUAACAUCUUGCUCACGGCAUUGAGGAAAGAGCUGCUGCCUCAUUGUGACACAGAGGCAACUUCUGCCCCAUCAACUCUGACUGCUGAGCCACUUGAACCUGUGCCUGGAGCAGCAUCUGGGCAAACCACCAGGAAGAGGCCCAAACUGAGGUUCAGUAUGAAGAUGCCAAAAAGACGCAGCAUGAAGUUGGCUCCCACUCGUGCCUUUUCUGACUCAACUGGGCAUGUAGAGAGUUAAGCCUCUCGUACACCAUCUAAUAAGGCUACUCCUGUUGUGUCUGCGUCGGGCCAGAAGACUCAUAAACGCUCCUUUUUCAUCAGGAUGUUCGCUUGCUGCAUUCAAGGCACAUCUGAACCUUGAACAUUUACUCUCUCUUUCUCCCUCUCUGUCUUUCUCUCUCUCUCUCUCUCUCACACACACCUUUCCAUGAAUAAAUUCACCUUUCCCUAAAUA